AUGGGGAUUGUGGAGCAGAAAUUGGGAAACAUAAUCGCAACCUCGGCAACCUUGCCCGAUCAGCUGAGAGACCUAUGGAAGAGCCCUAGGGGGACAGUGGUCCGUAUCGAGGCACUGGCAUUGCUGGCCAUUGCCCUCUCCUUCUUCCUUGCUGCCUUUGGCUCCUGCCGCCGCUGGUCCGGUCACUGGAUCGUCCAAAAGGGCGUCCUUGCUGCAAAUGUGGUAUCUCUGUCCCUGGGCACAUACAGCAUUGGCCUGAUGCAAUCUUCGCCGGUGAAGAGCGAGGUGUACCCCAUCUGGGCUGUGUCCUUGCUCGCCCUCUUUGGCUGCAUCGACUGGAUCACAGCCUAUGGCCUAGGGUACAAGAACCAACUCUGGAACAUGCUAUACCAGCUUUGUCUUUACUAUGGGUAUGUGUUGCUGAUCAGCAUCUCGACCAUCUCCAGUGGUGUUGGUUACAUAGCCAUCAUCAUGCUAUCCAGCAUCACUCUCCUCAAGGGAUUUCAUAGGUCACUAGCACUUGUGCUGCCAAGCAUACAGCGCGAUAUGAUCCAAAUGAUUGAAGCGACUAUGGCAGAGGAAGUUAUAAAUUAUUCAACAAGAUGUGAUGAUCCAGAUCAACUAAGUUUUCCCGGGGACUUUAUCGGGUACCGCUAUGUGGUCCACUGGCCCCUUGACAAGAGCAAGGCAAAAUUCCUACCAACUGUAUCAUCGCCUGACGAUGUCAUCACCAUAGACAAGAUACAUGAGUGCAGUGAAGACCAUUUCUUGAGCGAUGUGUGCCUGUCCCUCUCUCUGUCCCACUUGUUGCAGCGGCGUUUCUAUAGGCUGCAGUGUGCUGAAUCAAGGCAUUGGGUGGCUCACAAAUUCGUAUUGGAAGGGCUUCUAAUGACCAGGGAUGGGGCCAUCGACUAUACGAGGGUCUUUAAGGUGAUUGAGGUUGAGUUGGCCUUUCUCUAUGAUACUUUUUUCACCAGUAAAGCAUUUCUUUACUAUUAUGAAUCAAAAGUUGCGACUAUUUGGGCAUUAGCUUCGAUAAUGGGAAUAUGUUUUGUUGGAGUAGCAGCUGUGAUACCUGGGAGGAGUACCCACACUACUCAUGGUGGCACCAUCGUCGUUGACACCACCACAACAGACCUUACUAUUACUCUAGCUAUAUUGGUGUCCCUGGCUUUGCUGCAAUUUUUCCAUUUGAUACGCUGUUGGUCGUCGAAUUGGGCCAGAGUUGCAUUUGCCUGUGAUUACAUAAAGAAUGGUAAGCAGCUAAGCUGUUGGAUGAGGUUACGAAGAUGGAUUGUAGGAAGGACUGACUCUGACAAGAAUUCUCUCUGGAAAAACAAGCUUGGGCAAUAUUCAUUGAUCGAAUCGAUCAACACGACGGAGUGCAACAAGCCACUUAGUGUGCUCGGGGGCUGUGGCUACCAAAUAUGUUCCCGUUUUCUAGGGAUUCUUGGAUUGCAGUACAUUGAACAAGCAAUCCAGGAAAUGUGGGGCGUCAAGACAGGGGAUGACAUUGAGUUGCACGCUGAUGUGAAGACAGCCAUUGUUGAUUUUCUUAUAAAGAGUAAAGGUAAACUACAUAAUUGGCCAUCCUCAUGGGAAAGAAAUGGAUGGUCUGUUGAUUCUAGAUUUCUUUUUCUUCCUGACCAUGCUGUCACUAUUAUGAGGUGGCAUGUUGCGACGUGUUACUGUGAACUAGUGAUGCACAAGGAGGGAUUCGCUGUUCGGGAUGAGGAUGUUGAGGAGACUGUAAAGAAGAAUCAUGGAGUGGCCACCGCUCUAUCAAAAUAUUGCGCCUAUUUGAUGGUUUCCGCGCCACGCCUACUCCAUAGAAAAGAGCUAGGGACUAAAUCUGUGUACAAUGAAGUUACACAUGCAGCGAGGAUGUCUUUGCAUGGGGUGAAGGACAAAUUGGAGGCGAUGAGGAGGUUAGCGCAAGAUGAUGAGUCAAGUGAGGGAGCCCGCAUCUUCCAGCAGGGUGUGGCGUUUGGGAAGCGUCUGGAAGCAAUGUCCAACCGUUGGGAGGUGCUAGCAGAAUUCUGGCCCGGGGCGCUGGUCUAUGCCGCUCCAUCCGGCAAUGUGCAGGAACAUAUGGAGUACCUCGCACAUGGUGGCGAGUUCAUCACCCACCUGUGGGCUUUGCUGUCUCACGCCGGCAUUCUAAAGUGUAGAGGUGGAUCGACAGGUUAUGAUGAAUCACCAGUUGUAGCAGGAUCAGAAGAUGACAGUGAAUCAGCAGAUGCAUCAGAUGGAUCAGAGGCUGACAGCGAACCAACAGAUGACACUGAAUCAGCAGAUGCAUCAGGUCGAUUAACAGCUGACCCCGAACCAGCAGAUGGAGGUGGCUCCUCUAAAGAUUAG